UUACUAAUAACACUGCGGUAAUGUUCGGAGGUGAAACUGAUAAUGGAUUUAGUAAUAAACUGUAUAUGAUAAGUUUCACUAAGACAUCAGUGGUGAGUUAAUACUGUAGGAUGGGUUUUGAUUCUGAGAUUCCUUUAAUUGCAAAUUAUUUAUUAUUCUUACAGGAUAUAUUAGAAGUACCUAAUCCUGGAGGAUCAGUACAAUGGCCCAAGGGAAGAUGGGGUCAUUCCAGUGUACUGAUUACCACUAGUUCAGGACCACACUUACUAGUGGUGGGUGGAGAUCUUGUCUAUGAUGUAUGGUUACUGGACAUUAACAAAAGAAAAUGGAAAGAACUGAUUAAUCUACCAGACAAUGUCACUAAGAGAUACUGGCAUUCUCUCUCAGUGUGGAGUGUGACCCCAACUACUAACUGGAUAAUUGAGUUUGGAGGAAAGAGAGAUGUUUUUACAACAAUAAGUGAUACAGCAGUUAUUGAACUCA